GGGGCGGGGCCGGGCCGCGUUAAGAGGAUCGUGGCGGGCCGCGGUCCGGGCAGGUCACCCGGGUGAGCACCUACCGGCGGAGAGAGCAUUGCUGGGGCGCACGCUUGGCACCAUGACCCAGACGCCCGCCUUCGACAAGCCCAAAGUGGAGCUGCAUAUCCACCUGGAUGGGGCCAUCAAGCCUGAAACCAUCUUAUACUAUGGCAAGAAGAGGGGGAUUGCCCUCCCCGCUGACACCGCAGAGGAGCUGCAGGACAUCAUCGGCAUGGACAAGCCCACCAGCCUCCCAGAUUUCCUGGCCAAGUUUGACUACUACAUGCCUGUCAUCGCGGGCUCCCGGGAGGCCAUCAAAAGGAUCGCCUAUGAGUUUGUCGAGAUGAAGGCCAAGGAGGGCGUGGUGUAUGUGGAGGUGCGUUACAGCCCGCACCUGCUGGCCAACUCUAAAGUGGAGCCGAUCCCCUGGGACCAGGCCGAAGGGGAUCUCACCCCCGACGAGGUGGUGGCUGUGGUGAACCAGGGCCUGCAGGAGGGAGAGCGAGACUUUGGGGUGAAGGUGCGGUCUAUCCUGUGCUGCAUGCGCCACCAGCCCAACUGGUCCCUGGAGGUGGUGGAGCUGUGUAAGAAGUACCAGCAUCAGACUGUGGUGGCCAUUGACCUGGCUGGAGACGAGACCAUCCAAGGGAGCAGCCUCUUCCCGGGACACGUGCAGGCCUACGAGGAGGCCGUGAGGAGCGGCAUUCACCGCACUGUCCAUGCAGGGGAGGCGGGCUCCGCGGAGGUGGUGAGACAGGCCGUGGACACGCUUAAGACGGAGAGGGUGGGACACGGCUACCACACGCUGGAUGACGAGGCCCUUUACACCCGGCUGCGCCGCGAAAACCUGCAUUUUGAGGUCUGCCCCUGGUCCAGCUACCUCACUGGCGCCUGGAAGUCGGACACGGAGCACCCGGUGGUUCGGUUCAAACGUGACCAGGCUAACUACUCACUCAACACGGAUGACCCUCUCAUCUUCAAGUCCACCCUGGAAACCGAUUACCAAAUGACCAAACAGAACAUGGGCUUUACUGAAGAGGAGUUCAAGAGGCUGAACAUCAAUGCGGCAAAGUCCAGUUUCCUCCCGGAAGAUGAGAAGAGGAAGCUUCUUGAUCUGCUCUAUAAAGCCUAUGGGAUGCCAUCUUUGGCUGCUGCAGGGCAGCGUCUCUGAAGAUAUCACGGCCACCUCUCCAAGCCCUCACCCUGUGGAUGGAGCCUCCCUGACUCUGGGGCCUGGAAUGACACUCCUACCUUUACUCCUUCAAGGAAGACCAGGGUUUCCAUAGUCAGCUACUGCUGCUCUUGAAGCCUGUGUGCCUGUUUCUGUACACGUGAAAACUUCAGCACGCUGUAUCUCUCCUCGGACUGUGGACCAGAGUCUGGUUGAAUCUGAAACCUUCCUAUGGGGACUCAUGCUGAAAAUGUGGUGCUCAAUAAAGAAGCUAAUGACUA